AUGAGUGAAAAAUAUCACCCUUAUAGUUCAUCUGAUAAAGAAAUAAAAAAAAGAUCCAAUAAAUAUAAUAGUUCUAUUUAUGAACACUUUUUUAAAUUUAUAGAUUCGAAUGAUAAGAAUUUAAUUAAAAUGAAGUAUGUGAGAUUAUCUUGCCACAAAGAAAGUGAAAUAGAUUGGUCGUAUGUCGCAGAACAAAAAAGGAAAAAAGCAGAAACACUUGCACUUGCUAUAUCAAAACCUUUUAGUCAAGGUGUAUCAGAGGAAUUAUUAAUAGAUUUAGUAAUCAAAAAAAAUCUUCCCUUCAACUUAACAGAGGAUGAGAGAUUUAAAAAUUUUAUUUCAUCGUUAAGACCAGAGUUCAAUUUAGUUGGUGGAGAUACUAUUAAAAAUAGAAUAAUAAAAAGAUAUGAUGAUCAAGUUGUACAACUCAGAGAGUAUUUCAAGACUAUGGAUUCCAAAAUCAGUUUCUGUUUCGAUAUCUGGAGUGUCAAGGAUAUCUCUUUUUUGGGUGUAACUGGUCAUUGGAUCGAUAGUCAAUUUAAAGCUAGAAAGUGUUUGUUAGGAAUGGAGAGCCUAAAAAGCGAUAAAACAGAAAAGUUUGAUAUCUCCAAAAAGAUAAUGUGCACCACUUCUGACAACUGCUCGAACAACCACACUACAGUGGAGAACAUUGUCAAAAACCAAGAUCCUUCCAAUGAUUACAAAGGAUUCCAGGGUGGACAUAUUUUAUGUUUAAACCAUGUGAUUAAUUUAGGAGAUAAAUCAACGAAAUAUCUUUUCGAUAAAAUUCACUCCUAUGGUUCAAAUUUAAGAAACUCCAGUAACCAAACAGAUGCUUUUUUUGGAAUUUUUGAAAUUCUAAAAACUGAAAAGAAGGACAGGUUAAAGCCAAAAGUAUUGAACCCAAUCCGUUGGUCAUCUGCUUUUCAGAUGACUAGUAGAUUCAUCAGGAUCAAAGAUGCAGUUGAUUACGACAUUAAAUAUAAGAUUACGAAACAUGAUAUCCAUCUCACUACCGAUGAAUGGGAUAUCAUCAAACAAAUCAAUAAAUUCUUGGAUGGUGUGGAUUUUAUUACUUUGGCAUUACAAGGAGCUGAUGUUAAUCUGUCUUGCAGUUUACCUGUGUAUGGUCGGCUCUUGGACAUUGGAGAGGAAUGGAAAACCAAUAAGAUUCUCAAGACUGCUGCUGAAGCCUUUUGGAAAGAAAUAGAUGGUUACUAUACAACACUUGAUUAUGGAAUAGAACCAUUUUAUAUCUCAACUUUUCUUGCACCAUUCACCAAAUUAGAGGUAUUUAAAAGUGAAUUUUGGAAAGAUUAUUGGAAUAACAUAAACAAUUCAAUUGAAUCAAUUUAUACUAAAUAUGGAGGUACUAAGGGAAAUAAAACCAGUAUAGAAUCAGUCAAACCAGAGAUGGAUAGAAUGAAGUUUAUUUUAUCCACUCAAAAGAUAAUUAUUGUUGAACAAAAUGAGAAUGAAUUAUCAAAAUAUAAAAAUCUACCAACUACAUUCUCAAAUGACUCAUUGCAGUAUUGGAAAGAGAAUCAAAUUGAGUUCCCAGUUCUAUCUAGGAUUGCUAGAGACUAUCUCGCCAUUCAAUGCACAUCUACACCUGCAGAGAUUGAAUUCCGUUACAGCUCUGACAUGCUCACUAAAAAUAGGUGGUCUCUUGGGAAAACAGUUAUCAAAUCACAAAAAAAACAAUUUAUAUUAAGAAUGAAGAUUAUAAUUGAUUUAACAAAGGAAAACAAGUAUACAGAAGAAAUCAUUGAUCUCACAUAUGAAAUCAAUAACAACAGCAAUAACAACAGCAAUAACAACAACAUAAACAACAACAUCAUCCAUAUAAAUCAAUUCCAACUUAAUUUAAAGAGGAAUCUUAUGAUUUAUAUCACUGAUUUGGAAGAUUAUAUUUUCAACAAAAUAUUAGAAAAUAAAAAAAAUAAAUUUUCAACAUUAAUAAAAUAUUUUACUUUUUCGCGUCUCACCAGCAGAUUCGAAUGUAAUUUAUGUGAAUGUUUCACAAUUUCAUUAUCAAACAAAAAGGUUGGACAUUGUGCAACCUCUCAUAUUAAUGACUUACUCUACACAUUCGAUUUGAAAUGUUGGCUCACGGUAAUGGGUCUUGGCGGUCUAUUUCAUUGGAACUCGACAUUCAGGUGUCCUACUUGCUUAGGUACUGGUUCAUCUGGAAAAGUGGAUCCUGACACUCAAGAGAAGAUCGACCAUUCUACAAUUGGAUUCUUUAAGCCACCCAAAAACCCAAAGGUCGAAAUGAAGAGCUUCUCUGGUAUGGCUGCAGAACCGAGUCUUGACAUUGAUCCAACUAAAGUUCCACCAGACACGUUAUACAUGUUCAUGUCCAUUGUUAAGACUGUUUACAUCGAAGACUUCCUCAAGUGUACGGCUAAACUGACAUUGAUAACGGUCUCACCAGGUACACUCUUGCAUGGACAGCCUUAUACAUUCUAG